AUGGGAAACACACAAUCAAAUGAACCUGUAGAAUCAAAUGAAAAUGAUUUUGGAAGAUCUUCAGAAACACCUCAAGGCAAACCGACAAUGUCCGUUGCUGCCAGUCGUCCAAUUAAGAAAUUUCAUGAUUUCGAUUCAAACUCACCUUUUGUUGGUUCGCCUCUGCUUUCACACGAAGAAUAUAAAAAAGAAGGAAUCGAUGAUAUAUACGAAUACAUCCAAAAUGACGAUUUAGCUUCUAGUUACGAUAUCCUGGUUGGUGAUAGAAGUUCCGCGAAAGCUCGAACAUCAUCGCUUAUAGCAGCCGAACCACCAUAUUGGAACCCUAACAGAAUUGCACACGAUUUCAAGUCUAGUGAUCGUUUAACCCCACUAACGAGUGUCAACGAACAAGGAGUCACAAAAGGAAUACCCACGAUUAUCACCUGGAGUCAUGGCGGCAAUAAUGUUUACGUCACUGGCACUUUCAACGAUUGGAAGCAAAAUAUCAGACUGUGUAAAAGUUCCAAGGAUUUCACCACGGUAAUUAAUUUAACACCAGGAACACAUAAGCUAAAAUUCAUUGUAGAUGAUGAAUGGAAAUGUUCUAGCGACCUUUCAACGGCCACUGAUCCGGACGGUAAUUUGGUAAACUAUUUGGAGGUUUAUGAGGAUGACUACGAAACCAUUAAUCAAGAAGGAUUUGACUCUAAUGAUCUAUCAAGUACUCCUCCGAUUGAGUAUACCGACAAGAUUCCGAGUUAUCUGUUGGCUUAUGAUCAAUCUGUUGGUACUGAAGAGAAUGUUGAGGGUAAUUCCAAUACAGAAGAUGCCGGCGAACCUUCUGAGCGCCUAACAAAGAAUCGGCCACCAACCCUCCCACCACAUCUAGAAAGAGUAUUGCUUAAUUUUCCAGCAAUUUCUAAAGAUGACAAUAGCGUUCUUCCUGAACCCAAUCAUGUAGUCUUAAAUCAUUUGUAUGCCUGCUCGAUAAGGGAUAAUGUUAUGGCCGUUGCUGGUACUGCAAGAUAUAGGAAAAAGUAUGUGACCACGGUCUAUUACAAGCCCAUAUUCACAUAA